GAGCGAAGCCCAGACGUCCGAUGUUGUGCCCGGCCCCGCCUUCUCCUCCCUCCUUCCCUGGUCACAUGAGUCACUGCUCCUCUGUGUAGGAGAUAAGGCGCUUCUUCCCUAAUCCCCAGCAUGGCGCGCCGGUGUGCAGCUGCAGCAGCUGUGCCAUUGCUUCCCCGGGUCUCCGUGCUGCGGGCUCACAUGCGGCCGUGCUAGAGGGGUUAUGUCCCGGGAUCGCCAUGGCACAGACGCUCCUACACAAGCUCUUCUGCAAGAGAGGAAACCCGGCUUGUGCAUCCCCUAGAGGUGCCAAAGAAGGACCCGUGUUCAGCUGGCCUUGUACGGAUUUCGACUUGAAUUGCAUCCGCCUGAUUGUUUACCAAGACUGUGAGAGAAGAGGCAGGCAAGUUCUGUUUGAUUCUAAAGCUGUCCGGGAAAUCAGAAAUGAAAGUACGCAGAGAGCAAGUGAAGAUGCACCGGCAAAGAUCAGCACCAAAUCUUGCCAGACAAGUAGCAGUGGGACCUGCACCAUCUCUUCCCGCAGUACAUCAAAUGGUUCCACCCAUACAACUAAAGAUUCUUUGCCCAGAUACCAGUACAUCAAGCCUGCCUCUGAUGUUAAUAUGUUGGGAGAGAUGAUGUUUGGUUCCGUGGCAAUGAGUUACAAGGGGUCCACCUUAAAGAUUCAUUAUAUUCGCUGUCCCCCCCAACUUAUGAUCAGCAAGGUGUUCUCGGCCAAAGUGGGAAGCCUCAGUGGGAGUACUAAUACCUUGCAGGACAGCUUUGAGAACAUUAAUCAAGACGGAGGUGGAGCAAAACUUGGUGCAAAUCAAAAUGGCCAGGGAUCGGUUCAAAACAACUCUAACUUAGGUGUUUUACAGAUGUGUGGUAGCAAACUGCUGCCUGCUAUGUUUGAAGCUCGCCCCCUCCGGCUCAUCCGGAGUGCCUCUUUCUUUGCAGCCCACAGCACACCUGUUGAUAUGCCCAGUCGGGGACAUAGUGAAGACAAAGACAGCGGAAUUGCUCGAUCAGCUUCCCUGAGCAGUCUCCUAAUAACUCCUCUCCCAUCUCCGGGCUCUUCAUAUUCCAGUAAUUAUGCCAGCAGCUACCAGCGGCGCUGGUUGCGGAGUCAGACGACAAGUCUAGAGAAUGGAGUCAUCCCUCGUUGGUCUGCAGAAGAAUCAUUCAGCAUGUCUGAUGAAACUUAUACUUCCAACCCUGCCACAGUCGGCAGAAAAAAAAUUGCAGUCAGCAUCAUCUUCUCCUUACCCGAACAGGAGGAUUCCCACAGUAGUUUCCAGGAUUUUUUCUUCUCUCACUUUCCUCUAUUUGAGUCACAUAUGAACAAACUGAAGUCUGCUAUAGAAAAGGCUAUGAUUUCUUGCAGAAAAAUCACUGAGUCAAGUCAGCGGGUUCAGUUCUACCUUAGUCGGGUCAUGGAAGCCUUAGGACACUUCAGGGAAACUAUCUGGAACCUGUACUCUGUACCCCGUGUUGCAGAACCUGUGUGGCUCACCAUGGUGUCCAGUAGUUCUGAGAAAAGUCACCUCUGCCAGCAGUUUCUCAAGGAGUUUGCUUAUCUUUCUGAGCAGCUAAAUAAAAAUCAAUUUUUUGCGGCUUUGAUUACAGCAGUGUUAACCUACCAUUUGGCCUGGGUUCCUACUGUGAUGCCAAAUGGCCAUCCUCCCAUCAAAUCCUUUUCAGAAAAACAUACAUCGCAAUCAGUCAGUCUGCUGGCAAAGUCACACCCUUACAACCCCCUCUGGGCGCAGCUUGGAGACUUAUAUGGGGCUAUUGGCUCUCCAGUCAGAAUGACUCGAACUGUAGUGGUCGGCAAACGAAAAGAUUUGGUUCAUCGCAUUCUUUACGUUUUAACGUAUUUCAUUCGCUGCUCAGAGCUUCAAGAGAAUCAUCUUGUGCACAGCAGAGUCCUGAGGGAUGGAGAGCAAAUUAUAAACGGAAGUCAAAUGACGACAUCUCUGGAGAAGGGCGAGGUGGAAGACUCUGAAUAUGUAAUUGUAACUGUUAAUAAUGAACCAGCUUUGGUGCCUCCAUCUUUGCCCAGCAACACAGGUGCCACUUCACUGAAGCCAGAGGGCAUGGGUGUAGACAGUUCUUUAAGGAACUCUGAUUUGUGCUUCUCACAGCAAGAGAAAAGUAGUAGUCAUGCAUUUCUGUGUGCAAAUGAUAAUCAAUCCAUGCAUGGCAGUUAUGGCUCUUGCAAAGAACACCCAGUUUAUGUUCAAGAUCCCAAGCUGGAGAAUCUCAUUCCUGUUACAAGAACUGCAGCAUGUAGUGCUGAAAGCCUCAUGAAAUCGGAGUACAUUUCAUCUCCUGUAGCUAUGUCAAAGUGGUCUAAGACUGGCCCGCAUACUAACAAUAUGAAUAAUGAGUCUUCAAUUGAUAAAGUAACUUUUGUUGUGGGCUGUUCUCCAUCACCGGACUUAGAAAGCUGUAGGAAGGGUCUGAAAGAAGUAGUAAACCAAAACCAGGGGCCGCCUUGUGACGACUCCAAAGAAAAAGUUGAAACAGUUGAUACUCCAGUUACUACACCAAAAAAGAACAUUUACUCACGAAUUCCAUCCUGUGAUGGUUGUUCCAGUAUGUUUGAUGAGUACUUUGCAGAAGGGAAUAGCAUUGAAACUAAUACAGUAGAAGUCCUACCCUCACAUCAAUUUUUAUCCAAUAAAUUCUUGCCCUCUGUUCCUGUCACUGAAGGAAAACAAAUAUUCACUAUUGACACAAGGACUUGUUCAAAUCCCCCCAAGCACACGGCUAAUGCGGGACCUGAUCCAUAUUCUCUCACACUACCCUCUCAAGGCCACCCUGGUGAGGCCCAACGGGAAAGCAGUGAGGUUAGAGCAGAAGGAGACAUUCCAAGAAAUGAAAGCUGUGACAGUGCCCUUGGAAACAGCGAUGAUGAGUUUGUAACAUGUAAUGCACCUUCAGAUUAUCACACUCAUUCAGAAGUCGAACUUCCACUGCCAAGGUCUGACAUCAUCAGCAGCCCAAGUCUGAAAAACUUUGGCAGAUCCCUCUUUGCAGGUUAUUGCCCUACAUACAUGCCAGACAUGGUGCUCCAUGGUAUGAGCAGUGAUGAGAAACUGAAGCAGUGCUUGCCAGCUGGUCUGGCCCAUGCAACACAUCACCCUGUGUUGGAUGAGCCAAUAGCAGAAGCCAUUUGUAUUAUUGCAGACACAGAUAGAUGGUCUGUUCAGGUGGCCAGCAGCCAGAAGAAGUCUUUGGACAGUAUGAAGCUUGGAACAGAUAUUUUAGUAUCCAGUCAAGUGUCCAAUUUGCUGCAGUCUAUCUUACAGCUUUACAAGCUCAAAACUCCAUCUUUGUUUUGUGUAAUGCAUCUUGAGGACAAGCUGCAGGAGAUGUACUUAAAAAGUAAAAUGUUGUCGGAAUACUUGAGGGGACACACAAGAGUCCAUAUGAAGGAACUUGGCAUUGUUCUUGGGAUUGAUUCGAGCGAUCUUCCUCUGUUGGCUGCUGUGGCAAGUACGCAUUCUCCACAUGUGGCCCAAAUUCUUUUAUAAGCUGAAUUUUACAGUCAUUCCAUAGGCUGAAAAGGGGAAUCUACCUUUUAGGAAGAAAGCAAAUGCACUCUGGAUGGAAAGAGUGAGAGGAGCAUGGACUUAUAUCACCCCCCAACUCUGCUUUCUCAUCUAGGAACCUGUUCAAGUUUACAUGAUAUACAAGGCAUUAUGAUAUCCCCUGUGGCCUUAGUUUUGCUCUACUGGGAAUGAUGUACGCUCUACAAAGAGACUGUCAUGCACUACAGUAAUGACUCUGCUUUGUAUUCUGGGUUGGAUGGUGACAAACAAGUGAGAAUGCUUUAAGGCAGCUGGGAUAGCGAGGUAUUGCUGCUGCAGUGAACUUAUGGUGCGCCAGCGCCCUUAAUGUAGCAUGAUUCUUCUGUGUUGUAGCAUUUGCUGUUUUCAAGUUUUAUUUGUUAUGUUUGUUUUUAUUUUCUUUUACAGUCCUCUUUUGUUCAGUUUUGUUUCUUUGUAUAAUUGGCACCAUGUCAUUUUGGUAAAUUUAAAACAGGCACAUUUUGAAAAAAGCUGCUUCAAGAUGGAGACAGUGGUUGUAAGAAGGAUAACUCAGAAAUAGAAGAUCCUCCAUGUUUAUCAAUAAGAGUUUAUCUAUAGAAGAAACUCUGUUUAAUCAGGAAUGGCACAAUGUACCUUUUGGUUGCAAGAGGAUUCUCCAUGUAAUGAACCUGUCAGCAGAGUGAGACGUGGCCUUCAGCAUGGAGAAACCACCCUUUCAGAUGUUUGAUUUUAUUGUCCUAUUUGAAGCUCGCUUAAAAAAGCUAACCACUUGCUAUGAGUUACUGCCCAGGUGCAAAUUUGCCCAGUGUUUAUAAAUGAGACCCCUGUGCGCCAUUCUUUUAAGGAGAAUGGAGAGAUACAAAGUUUGUAAGACCAGCAGGAAGGAUGUGAUACUUUACAUAAAUGGUUUACAUCAAAUGUGCAAUUUUAGGUCCUCCAGAAUUUUUUUUUUAACUGGCCCACCCAAGAGCCCUUUUAUUUCUGUGGGAUGCUAAGAGUUGUGAUUGAACAACCUCUGAAGGGAUUCCAGUUGCCCAUGCUUGGUUUACAUACUUUAGUUUUAUGUAGAUAGGUGACAUCACUGUAAUUCAUUAGCCUGCUUCCCAGCAGUUUGUGCAUGGGGCUCUUGAUCUAUUCUAAUUGAGGUCAACCGAUUGCUUUGGGGCUGGUUGUUCAGAGAUUUACCCAAGUGGCAGAUACUGUACAUCGAAUCCUGAUGUGACCACCAAAUAAACUGCCCAGGAAGCUUUCUGUUGCUCCUUAUCGUUUGCAAGACACUAUGGCCUAGUUACCAUUUUUGUGAAUUUUCACACAAAUCCCUAUACUGACAAUCUUUAAAAUUUAUUUUUUUAUGCAGAAUUCUUGUAUUUGUUCCUUGUGGUUUAGUUUCUGAAUUGAAUCUAAUUUAGCUGGAAAAUUUAUUUCAGGCAGUCAGAGGAGUCAGCACUGUACUCUAAUCCAUUCUCUAGUACCAUAUGAGCCAUUGAAAAAUGUAUGCCCUGCUAAUAAACUGGUUGGGAACAUCUAGUUUUGGGACAUUUUAUAAUGAGAUAUAUAUAUAUAUAUAUAUAUAUAUAUAUAUAUAUAUAUAUAAAUAUUUGGACAGUGUAAAAAGCCAUAUAUUAGGCCCCUGUUUAUUGCCUCAAAUACAUUUUUUCUGUAUGGAUUAUCUAUAGACUGCCAGAUGGCACAGAUCUCAGAUGUGCCAGAUCUCAAGGGGAAUCACCGUGGUCAGCACUUUCUGUUGUUUUCAGUGGCCUGUGGGAAACACUGGCGGAGCAUUUUGACUGCAGAAUUUUCCCCUGAGAGCCCAGGGAGGUGAGAACAGCGUGUGUGCAAAGGCCGAACUCCCAGCAGGAACUUUUAUUGCAGCCUACAGUGCUACAAAUGAUGAGCCAACACAGUAAUUAAAAUGAACCUUAUCAUUUUUGUUCUCACUUACCAUUUAAAUAUGCCCUUUUGUUGUUUAAGGUCAGGGUUGUUUUUAUUUUCUGACAUGUUACAGUGAGAGAAGUUAUUUUUCCUAUAAUGAGCUGCAAAGAAUGAAACUUGAGAUUUAGAACCAUCGCAUUUUAGGGAAUUUUAACCUUGUAAUUUGUCUGGAGCAAGAGUGCUUUUCUUGCUCGACUGCAUAUAUAUAUAUAUAUAUAUAUAUGUUAAUGUUUUUUGCAGUUUAUGCUGGAGCAUGCAGGUCAUAUCACCCACAAUGGCAAAAAAUUUACAAACGGAGUUUUACGUAGCUAGCCACCCAUGUGAUCUGUCAAAUCAGACUAAUCCAAUGCUUUGGCCAAAGAUUGGAUAGUAAGGACCUAUCAGGUGACAUCUGUACCAAGUUGAUGCAACAUCUCUCAAUAGGAAUUUAACACCUGCCAAAUAUUGGUUAAUAAGCCUGUCAGUAUGACUUAUACAUGGUCCAAUAAGUUGCUGACCUGGUCUGGCAGAGUAGCCAGCUAUAUUGUAACUUGGUUAGCUAGCCAGCUAGUUUAGCCUUAUAGUAACCAAUGAACAAAUAGUUCUAAUGUCUCAACACAUGGAAGGCAAAUGAAAAUCAGAUGCUUAUAGGUUGCCAUUUUGGGGAAAAAAAUAUACAACAGUUUUAGGAAUUCCACCCCCCAAAUGGACUGGGGAAAAUCUUAAAAGAUAUGUGUUUGGUUGUACAAUACUAAACAAUGCAUGACUCAAGGAGAGACCUUACUUAAGCAGUCCAAAUAUUUCUGGGUAGUUGACUGAUUUAGCAACAGAUAUAGGAUAGUAUUGGUUAUGUCACUGGAGCCAUUAGGCAGGCUGGGUACAGUGAGUCCCCCAGGAGGACUACAACCAGCCUGGGACCUCAAUAAGGACAGCUUUAUGUGUUUUCCUUCUAAGCUCUUCUGUCCAGAGAUUAUUUUUAGGUGCAUUUUACGGACCUUAUUGUAAUAUUUCUUGUGCAGCUGGAGUCAAAGCAUUAGAACUGUAAUUCUAGCGCUAUCAGAGCCAAGUGCAAGAGAUACCGAUACAAUAUGCGUUACCUGCACUGUGAAACAUUAUUCUAUUCAUGCCUAUAAAGGCAAAGAACUGUGGUCCAGACAGACUAAAUCAUCCUUAUUGCAGCUACUGUAUGUAAAAUACUCGAUAAGUAAGAAGACCUCAGCCAAACCUAAACAGACCUUAAUCACUGUCUUUUUCAGACUUCUACCUCACAGAUUGUGGCUUUGCAUGUAUCUUGUUAAGUCUUAAUUAUUUUUUAUAAAAUUAUUGUAAGAUAAUGAUAUUAUGACAUGGAAGCACAGAUUUUAUCAUAAUGCCCUGCAAUGGAAAUGUUCUGCUUAUCUUGCUGUUGUAUUGUUUUAUAAAUGGAAAGGCUAUACUAUGUCAGCAAAGAAAGUGAUUGGAACAUUUGGAGUGCACCAGUGGUGAAUGUUGUAGAGCUUAGCUGUGCCUGCAGUCAUUGGCUUUAGGUGUAAGUUUCCUUUUUAUCAGUAUUAUAGCAGGUUUCAUUUUAGGUAAACAUGUCCCAAUGCCUUAGAACUGUGAUUAUUUGGACAAUAUAGAAUAGAAGCAGCUGGACUUGUUUUCGCCACUGUUAAUUUGCAGCUUCUGCCAUUCAUUCAUCCUGGGAAAAAAAUUCUAAUAAUUUAAGAUUAUUUCAUUCUAAUGACCAGAGGUGGUGUUUACCCUUAAGGAGAAAGGACUUGCAUACAGCUUUUAUUUUACAAACCUGGAACACUGAUAAAUAGUUGACCCAUGUUUUGGUUUUCCUUAGUUUUUAUUUUCCUUUUCAGAUUUAAAAUGUAAAUCUAUCAUUUUUUUUCUUAAAAAAGGGAUCACUGUUGUAGCAGAGAUUGAUUUCCAAACAGAUUUUCGCCAUGAAAUCAGAAUCAGGUAUCCCACGAGAUCAUUCAUAUUUUGGAUGUAUGCCUGUCUCUCUAUUUGCCCCAAAUUUGGGGAAUUUGUAGCUGUUGUGUUAUGUAUACUUUUUGUGGAAAUUGGUGCAAUAAACUUUUUGAGUACAAAAACAA